UAAAGUGUCUCUGAUUUCUAAGUUUGUAUUCGUAAAAUUUACAUUGUUUUGCUAGUUGUUAAUUAACCUAUUCAUGUGAAUAAUUCUCAAAUUUUGUGUUUUGUUCAUGAAAAAAGUAACAUAGUAUACUUUAAAAGGACUGCUCGCUGAGAAAUAAAAAUUUGGUUUAUGUUUUUACAACUCGUUUUCGUAAAGCUCUGUGGUCUCAUUCAAAAUAACAUUGAAUAUUGUACUUUUAUGUAAGAAGAAAUGUUGAACUUUUGCUGUUUAUAAGAUGGAGUACGAAAUGAGCAUGAAUGCGAUUCAUUUACUAGCAUUGAUGUGCCAUUAUAAAACUCAUUUUCAUAAUAAAUGCAUUUGACAUGAAGAUCGUCGAAUAUUGACGUGCUUUAUAGCAAUUUUCAGUACAAAAACAAACUUCAAGCAGUUUAAGAAUGGAUGCUCAAUUUGUUGAGGAAAUGGACGAUUGCUCUAUUCCACCUCCCCCAGGUGUGGAUUAUGAUGAUCAUCGCCGCUAUGACUCGCGUCACGAUAGUUCGCGAUCCAGAUCGUCAAGAGAGAGCGAUCGUGAUCGCGAUCGAUCACGGCAUGAUCGCUCUAAGCACGACAGGGAUGAAGACCGUCGAAACUCACAUGAAAGCUACAGGGAUUUAAAAGAUUCACCCAGUGAUUCGUCUCACAUUCGAAGCAAGGAAUACGACUCUCGAAAUAAAGACCAUGACUAUCGCUCCAAGGAUUAUGACUACCGCAGCAAAGACUAUGAUUCUCACAGCAAAGAUUACGAUUCACGUCGACGAGGAUAUAGAGAUCGAAGUAGAGAUCAUGACAGAGAUCGUGUGAAAGAUCGAUCUCGUGAUCGCGAUUGGGACAGAGAAAAAAGCCGAGAACUUGAUUUCCGUGAUGAUAUCCCUCACAGCACGAUUUUAAUUAAAGGGAUGGACCCACAUGUAACUGAAGAUGAUAUUCGAAAUGAAAUUACGCGUUAUUCCUUGUAUCCGAAGGAUAUCGUUGUUAUGAGGAGGAAAAGUACCGGCGAAUCCCGGGGAUUUGCAUACGUGGAAUUUCGUAUGCUUUCUGAUGCAGUCAGAUGGAAAGAACUGACUCAAGGUGUGUUAUAUUUUGGUAGCUUAAAAGCUACACUUCAUUAUUUUGUCCCUAAAGAUUUACCCUGUCCGGAAAGGUCGUUGGUUAUCAAAGUCGAUUGGACUUGUAUAAAAUGUGGGGUGAAUAAUUUUCGCAAAAGAGAUUUGUGCUUCAAGUGCAAUGCACCUAGAGAAGAAGCAGAGCUUGCUGGUGCUGCAGGCGAAGGUUGCGAUGAAGUAAGUCAUUCUGCAACCAGUACUUUAUUGUUUCGUAAUUUGGACAUCCUCACAACUGAAGAAAGAGUGUUAUCUAUGCUGGGACAAAUAACAGUUUUACCCAUCAAGAAUUUAAAAGUUGCUAAAGAUUCUCUGACUAAUACAUCAAGAGGCUUUGCGUACGUCGAGUUACAUUCGGUUUCCGAAGCCAUGCAAUUGUAUGAUUUGCUCGUGUCUAUGUCUGGAAAUUUUUAUGUCGAUGGUCGUCGUGUCACCGUGACGUAUUCUCGUAGAUCAUUGAGUUCUAUGAAUAGUGCCGCAAGUGCAAAUGCUGCCAGUGCCGCUUUGGCUGCAGCACAAUGGACAAAUCAGGAUGCUCCAUCUAACAGUUCUGGUAAAAUGUUUUCCAAUUCGGUCAUCAGAGAGAGGCAAAUGGAAUCUGUACCUGAUUUCAAUGCCAGUUUUUCUAAUAAUAACUAUCAAAAGUAUGCAGAGCCAGAUGUAACUGCAUAUCAAUAUGAUGAAACCUCAGGUUAUUAUUAUGAUUCCACCACUGGGUUUUACUAUGAUCCAAAUUCCCGGUAUUAUUACAAUUCAGCGACAAGACAAUAUCUGUAUUGGGAUGCAGAGAAGCAAACAUACAUGUUCGUACCGGCAUCGGAUUCAACGACUUCCGAAGAAUCUCAGGCUACUGCUGAGGUUGGAAAAGCCGCAGAAGUUGUCAUAUCCAGUCCUCCCGUCAUCGCCCAUGCUCCAGUAUUAACCGUUAAAAAAAAUCCUGAAAAGGAGAAGGCCAAAGAAAAAGUGAAUGCCCAAGAUAAGGUGAAAAUAGCAAAGAGAGUUGCAAAAGAUAUGGAAAAAUGGGCUAAAACACUGAAUCAAAAGAAAGAAAAUGCCAAGGCAUCAAUUCAAAGCCAAGUGCUUCAAAAACAGGUGCAGCAACCUGUUUUUGAAGCACCAGCAACAUCUUAUGCCGAAAGUAACGCAACAAUGCUGGAAAAAAAGAAAUUUGAUAUGACAUCAACUGAAGUGGUCAAGGCUCUACAGGAGGAGAAUGCUUUUAAUUUUUCAGGGCAAGCCAAAGAAAAGUCCGGCCUGGUGGCUGCUUAUGGAGGAGAGAGUGAUUCGGAAGUGGAAAGUGAAUCGCAGGAUGAUGGGACAAGAGCGCUCGAUCUGAUAAAAGCGGAGGAAUCAAAACUGAUCGAUUGGACCAAGCUUGCCUGUCUCUUGUGCAAAAGGCAAUUUCCUUCAAAAGAAGUUCUCACGAAGCACACACAGUUCUCAGAUCUCCACAAGCAAAAUGUGGAUAUGUUAAGACUAACAAAAUUGACUCCAAAACAGUUGCAAGACUUGGAACAAAAAGAGUUUGGGUAUAGAGACCGUGCAAAAGAGAGGCGCCAGAAGUUUGGGCAGCCCGAUAUGCCUCCUCCCAGUCGCUUAAAAACAAAAUAUUUGAAAGAUAGGAAAGAAUCCUAUGUUCCGCCCUCGGAACCAGUGGAAGCCAUUGGCAGUGACAAUAUUGGUAACAAAAUGUUGAAAGCCAUGGGAUGGACAGAAGGACAAGGUUUAGGGAAAUCGGGACAAGGCAUGUCGGGUAUCAUCGAAGUUCAAAGAAGGGUUAAGUCUGCAGGCUUGGGAAUGAAAGGUGCAUCUUAUGGUGCAACUGCCAGUGAAUCAUAUAAAGAUGCAGUUAGAAAAGCCAUGCAGGCCAGAUAUAAUGAAAUAGCUUGAUGUAUCAUUUUGUUUAGCUAUGCAGUAUGGGACACCAAAUUCGGAGUGAUAAAAUCCGGAAGACCCGAAAACCGGAACGUUUUUCCUUAAAAUUUCAGAAGAUAAUUUCUUUUAACUUUUUUUUUUCAGUUUUAAAAGUUCAAAAUUAUAAACGCUUCGCAAUUAGUUGUUGAAAACACAGUAAUUUCAGUUCCGCCUUUCAAUUAAAUGUUUAUUUUGCUGUCAGAUGUUAUGUGUAAAUAAGCAUUUUGCUGCAAUUGGGCAGCAAUCUUUUAACAUCCACUUUUGUUAACAAUACUUAUUUUCUUCUCAUAAGUAUGCAAUACAAAGCCUGUUGAACAAAAGUACAAAGGUAUUUUUAGUAAUAAAUGAUUUUUUUAUCGUAACGAUCGGCACAUUGUAUAACAAUUGAAAUCGACACUCGCCAGCUAUAAGCUGCUGCAAAUUGUCUCUGACUUUUGUUUUAGCAUAAUAAAAUAUAGUUUCAUUCAGAAUGAUCAAAAAAUAAAAGAAAUUUAACAUGAACACUAGUGAAGCCAUGGAUAACAUGACAAAUACCGCACUAAAGGAGUUUUCACUAUUUUUUGAAUUCCAAAUCCCGAAAGGUCCUGUUCCUGAGCAUUCCGGAUUUAGGGUUCCAUACUGUAUAAUCUAUGUAUCAUAAAUGUGCACCUUCACUUCAGAAACAUAUUUUUUUGUAUUUUAUAACUACAGUUAGUUUGUGGCAGUAGAAUGAAUUUAUAUGUAAUCCUUCAAAACAUUAAAAAAUGUUUUGUGCUAUGGAUAGUAUAUCUUUUAUUUCAGAAUAUAAACUUGGGCUUUAUAGAAAAACAAAAUCUGUAUGAUUGACGCAUUUUAAUUUAUAUGUUGAUGAACUUACUCUAAUUUUGUUUAUGUAUCACUUAAUUGGCAACAAAUGCUUUGAAUAAUAAACAACUCUUCAAUGAAA